AGUGAAAUAAUCUGUCUGUAAACAAUUGUGUCAUGCACAAAGUAGAUGUCCUAACCGACUUGCCAAAACUAUAGUUUGUUAACAAGACAUUUGUGGAGUGGUUGAAAAACUAGUUUUAAUGAAUCCAAACUAAGUGUAUGUAAACUUACGACUUCAGUUGUACAGGUUAUUCAGCACCCACACCUGCGUCAGCGUAGCCAGGCGUUAAAAUUCAAAUCAAAUCUUAUUUGUCACAUACACAUGGUUAGCAGAUGUUAAUGCGAGCGUAGCGAAAUGCUUGUGCUUCUAGUUCCGACAAUGCAGUAAUAACCAACAAGUAAUCUAGCUAAUAAUUCCAAAACUACUACCUUAUAGACACAAGUGUAAGGGGAUAAGAAUAUGUACAUAAAGAUAUAUGAAUGAGUGAUAGUACAGAGCGGCAUAGGCAAGAUACAGUAGAUGGUAUUGAGUACAUUAUAUACAUAUGAGAUGAGUAUGUAAACAAAGUGGCAUAGUUAAAGUGGCUAGUGAUACAUGUAUUACAUAAAGAUUGAGCUUGGGUCUCCUGCUUAAUCCUUAUCCUCAACCGUAGGGUCCUAGAGGGCCACCAGGCGGUUUGAAGAGCUGACCGGCCUUCUGCUGAUGCCCCUCCUCUUCCAGUAGGUUCAAUUUAACUAGGCAAAUCAGUUAAGAACAAUUUGUUUUUUUUACAAUGACAGCCUACCCCGGCCAAACCUGGACACUGCUGAGCCAAUUGUGCGCCGUCCUAUGGGACUCCCAACCACAGCUAGCUGUGUUACAGCCUGGAUUCGAACCUUUUGCUCUGAGAUGCAGUGCCUUAGACCACUGUGCCACUCAGGAGCCCGCCUGCAAGGGAUUGGGGACGGAAGGGGUCAAAACAUACUUACUUAGUCAAACAGGGCACUCUCUCUCUCCAGCCACCUGUUUCUCCAGUCGUCUCACCUGCAUGUCGAGCCCGGCUGAGACCAGGUUGUUGGGCCUGAGAGGACGGGAAGCCACAGAUGAGACGAUGUCGGUGUAUCUGUGGAGAGUCCUGUUUACUGUGCCCCACCGGCAGUUCUAGCACCCUCACCGCCCCGGAGGCAUCAGCCACAGCCAGAGUUGAGCCUGUCUUAAUAAUACGACAUAAUACGACAUUUGUAAUGUUUUUAUUCUUUUGGAAAUUCUGUGAGUGUAAUGUUUACUGUUCAUUUUUAUUGUUUAUUUCACUGUUGUAUAUGAUCGACUUCACUUGCUUUGGUAAUGUUAACAUAUGUUUCCCAUGCCAAUAAAGUCCCUUGAAUUUAAUUUAAUUGAGUGGAUCUCCUCCACUCCCUCACCCUGCAGCUCCUCUACCGCCCCCUUCAGGCUCCUGGGGUCCAGUACGCUCACCAUCUCCCUGUGGGACACAGACAACAUGCCUGGCCCUCACACCACUGCCUGCUGGACAUGAUCACAUUGGCACAUCUGGGCUAAAGCAGAAUACAUACUACAUAAAGCGGUAAGACUGAAAACGGGGAACACAAUGGUUGCUGUCCGCUGAUUCAUCCAAAGCUGCAGUUCUGAUGAGUGUGGCCCAUUUCUGGGACAUGAGUUCAUCGGCGUAUUUCCCAGCGCGAUCCGCGCUGUUCCGUAAGGAGGCCAAUGGAGUGACGUACCGUGUCCCUGCCCUGCUCUACCUGUCCCUGUCCAACUCCUUCCUGGCCUUUUGUGAGGAGAGACUCAGCCCCUCAGACGCCCAGGCUCACCUGCUGGUCAUGCGCAAGGGCACAUUCUACAGGAACUAUGUAGAGUGGGAGGACAUGAGUGUUCUGGGUACGGCUCAGUUGGCGGGCCACCGGUCGAUGAACCCGUGUCCUCUGUAUGACGAGUUCACAGGCACCCUCUUCCUGUUCUUCAUCGCUGUGCUGGGCCACACCUCCGAGUCCUACCAGCUGGUGACGGGUAAGAAUGUAACGCGCCUCUGCUUCAUCUCCAGUAACGACCAGGGCAACACCUGGAGCCCUGCCACUGACCUCACCAAGAGGGUCAUAGGAGACACCAUCAAAGACUGGGCAACCUUCGCCCUGGGCCCGGGACACGGCAUCCAGCUCAAGUCAGGCCGUCUGCUGGUGCCAGCGUACGCCUACCACAUCGACUGCAAGGAGUGCUUUGGCCAGAUGUGCCUGACCACACCCCACGCUUUCUGUUUCCAUAGCGACACCCACGGGCGGACGUGGCGUUUUGGGGAGGCGGUGCCAGGGCCAGAGAGCGUGGAGUGCCAGAUGGUGUCUGUGGAUCAGGAAGAUGGCACCAACGUGCUGUACUGUAACGCCCGGAGCCCUUUGGGCUGCAGGGUCCAGGCCCUCAGUCUGGAUGAUGGAGCUGUCUUCCAGGAUGGACAGCUGGUGCAGCGGCUCACAGAGCCACGUAAUGGCUGCCACGGUAGCGUAGUGGGGUUCCCUGCCCCCCUACACCUCAACCUCCGCCCUCGGCCACCCACUCAUGCCAGACACUGGACAUCCUUCGAGGCUAAGACCGGUGACUCCUCCCCACCCACCCCCCUCCCCCGCCCAGCUCCCCACAAUUUCCUUACACCCACCUGGGUGGUGUACUCCCACCCGACGUGGACCAACGUGAGGAAGGACCUGGGGGUGUACCUCAGCCUGUUCCCCCGUGACCCGGACAGCUGGUCUGGCCCGUGGGUGAUCUACGAGGGCCCCAGUGCCUACUCUGACCUGGCCUACCUGGAGCUGCCUUCAGCUGGGGCCCCGUCGGCCGUGGCCUUCGCCUGUCUGUUUGAGUGUGGCACCAGCACAGCCUAUGAUGAGAUCUCCUUCAGCAUCUUCACCCUCUACGAGCUCAUUGACAACCUGCCACGCAACACAAAGUCAGGCAGCAACACAAAGUCAGGCAGCAACACAAAGUCAGGCAGCAACACAAAGUCAGGCAGCAACACAAAGUCAGGCAGCAACACAAAGUCAGGCAGCAACACAAAGUCAGGCAGCAACACAAAGUCAGGCAGCAACACAAAGUCAGGCAGCAACACACAUCCACCCAGCAACACACAGCCACCCAGCAACACACAGCCACCCAGCAACACACAGCCACCCAGCAACACACAGCCACCCAGCAACACACAGCUACCCAGCAACACACAGCCACCCAGCAACACACAGCCACCCAGCAACACACAGUCACCCAGCAACACAAAGUCAUCCAGCAACACACAGCCACCUAGCAACACACAGCCACCCAGCAACACACAGCCACCCAGCAACACACAGCUACCCAGCAACACACAGCCACCCAGCAACACACAGCCACCCAGCAACACACAGUCACCCAGCAACACAAAGUCAUCCAGCAACAUACAGCCACCUAGCAACACACAGCCACCUAGCAACACACAGCCACCCAGCAACACACAGCCACCCAGCAACACACAGUCACCCAGCAACACACAGCCACCCAGCAACACACAGUCACCCAGCAACACACAGAGCUUCCACAACACAACACAACCCAAGGAAGAGAGACCAGAGGCGAGGAAGAGGAGGACGAGGAAUAUAUGUGGUCUUUGCAAUGUUUCCUAACUGCUAAUUAACCGUUAAUCCUAGUGUUUUCUGCUCGUUUCCUUCUGAAGCUCAUGAAAAAAGUAUUCAACAGCGUCAUCUUUAAAUGCGGUCCACAGAUUUCUGACGUUUUACGGCCUGCUGAUGAAUUUGUUUUGUCUGAUAUCAAGUCCAUCCACGCCUAGUAACCCUCGACUUAAUGCACAUACAUACUGUGUGUUUACACUGUAGUGGUUGUGUCACGAUAAUGCAGAAACAUUGCUGUAGUAGCCAAGUUUUAUUGAAUAUUAACCAGGGGCAGCCUACAGAUGUAGGAUCUUAAUUUGAGCCAGUUUGCUACAGCAGGACAAUAAUCCUGCUGCAAAAGGAAAUGUGAAUUAUUACGUGUAUUAUAAAGAAUGGACAUUUUUGCAAGGGUUGAUACAUUUUUCAUAUAGGGAAAAUCAAGUCUGAAAUUACUAAAUGGAAAUUACAAACUAAAUGAUCCUUUUUAAACCUAAAAUGCACUACACAUUUUAAAUGUCGUGCAUCGCAGGAAAGUUAUCCUGCAGCAGGGUGAUCAAAUGAAGAGCCUACAUCUGUAUAACUCUGUUGAAAUGCAUUUUCUGCUGGAUUGUUGUAAUCGACCAAGAACACCACUCGAUGCUCACAAACAUAACUUUGAAUCAUCCUUUAUUAAACC